AUGGAGGAAGAGAAGCCUGUAAUGCUCAAGAUCGCUCAAAUCCUGGACGAGGCUCGCGCCUCCAACGCCAUCCACCACCGGAAGUGCAAGGAGCUCUACGCCCUCCGCUCCAAAACGGCGUCGUCCUCCGUCUUCUUCAAUUCCUUGUGCAAAAUCCUACUCCCGCUCUUCGCCUUUCAGAGACGCGCUGCCUCCGCCGAGCGCGUCGUUCGCUUCGUCUCCGCCUUCGCUGCCGGCAGAGACCCUGACCAAGGCCACGCGGCUUUCUUGGACGAGUUCCUCAGGUUCCUUCUCACUGCUUCCACCGCUUCUAACCGGACGCCGAGGUUCCGCGCCUGCCAGAUUAUUUCCGAGAUCAUUAUGCAAUUACCAGAUGAUGCAGAAGUAAGCAGUGAACUGUGGGAUGAAGUAAUUGACUAUAUGAUGUUGCGUGCAAGGGAUAAGAUCCCUGCGAUUCGUACAGUUGCAGUUAGAGCUCUUUCACGUUUUGCAAGUGAUUGCGAGAACAGUGAUAUUGUUGAUUUAUUUCUUGAGAUGCUUCCUAUAGAACAAAUUGUGGAGGUCCGAAAGACAAUAGUGCUAUCUCUACCUCCUUCAAAUGCAACUGCUCAAGCAAUCAUUGAUUGCACAUUAGAUGUCAGUGAAUCAGUGCGAAAAGCAGCAUACUGUGUUCUAGCCAGUAAAUUUCCUCUUCAAAGCCUCAGUAUCAAGCAUAGAACAUUAAUUCUUCAGAGGGGACUUGAUGAUCGUUCUCCUGCUGUUUCAAAGGAGUGUCUGAAAUUAAUGAAAGAUGAAUGGCUAAAUAAGUGCUGCAAUGGAGAUCCUUUAGUACUUCUCAAGUAUCUUGAUGUGGAAACCUAUGAAAUGGUUGGGGAGUCUGUAGCAGGGGCCUUGCUAAAAGGUGGUGAAAUUAGAGUACCUGAAGGUGACAGUAUCCGGCAGUACAUAUCGUCUAACAGUGAAAGAGCUCAAGAAGUCUCUGAUUGGUGCACACCAAACAUCCAACUGAUGGAAGCGGAGGUUGCACUGUACUGGAGGAUGAUAUGUAGGCACCUGCAGAUGGCGGCACAAGAGAAAGGUUCUGAUGCUGCUUCUACAAUGGGAACUGAAGCAGCAGUAUAUGCUGCAGAAGCUACAGACAACAAUGACCUUCUGGAGAGAAUUCUGCCAGCAACAAUAUCUGAUUAUAUAGAUUUAGUCAAAUCUCACAUUUGUGCAGGUUCCAAUUAUCGCUUUGCAUGUCGACAACUACUAUUGCUUGGUGCAAUGCUUGAUUUUUCAGAUACUUCAAACAGGAAGGUUGCUAGUACAUUUGUGCUGGAACUGCUCCAUAAGCCUUUCGACCAUGAAGCAGAUGAGUAUGGGAACAUGGUUGUUAUAGGAGAUGGCAUAAAUCUUGGUGGUGAUCGAGAUUGGGCUGAUGCGGUAUAUGGGUUGGCAAGCAAGGUGCAUGCUGCCAGUGGUGAAUUUGAAGACGUUGUUCUUAGGGUUGUAGAGGAGCUUGCUGUCCCUUGCAGGGAGAGAACAGCAGAUUUUAUGCAGUGGAUGCACUGUCUUGCUGUUUUCGGCCUUUGCUUAGAGAAGGCAAGAUCAUAUCAUUGGAUCAAAGGGAGAGCUAUUGAACCUACUGAACUGCUGCAAUCUCUGUUGCUUCCAGCGGCAAAACAUUCUCACUUGGACGUGCAGAGGAUUGCAGUUAGGUGCCUUGGCCUUUUUGGGUUGUUAGAGAAAAGGCCUAGUGAGGAACUAGUAAAGCAGUUAAAGCUAUCUUUUGUUAAGGGCCCUGCUCCAAUCAGCAUAUUGGCUUGUAAGGCAUUGUUUGAUCUUGGAAUGUGGCAUCAGCCUCAGGAAGUUGAUUGGACUAUGGGCCAGAACAUUUCAUCACAACUUCAAGACUAUGAGAUGUAUUCUUGCCCCUUAGACAUUUCUGAAAUGGAUGGGAACUCGAAUCCUAGAUUGCUUGAUCUUUUGUAUGCUGGACUCAUUAAGGAUGAUUGGGACAAUUCUGUAGCAAGUGAAGACAAUGAGUCUGUUCAAGGUGCUCUUGGGGAGGGCUUUGCGAAAAUCCUUCUUCUAAGUGAGAAUUACCAAAGCCUACCUGCUUGUUUAAAUCCUUUGCUUUUAUCCAAGCUCAUCACCUUGUAUUUCAGCAAUGAAUCUAAGGAGUUGCAGAGGUUGAAACAGUGCUUAUCUGUGUUCUUCGAGCAUUACCCUUCCCUCUCGGCCAAUCACAAGGAAAUGGUUACCUGUAUGCAGAAGUGUAUAUCGAAGGCUUUCAUUCGGGUCAUGCGUUCUAUGUGGCCUGGUAUCAAUGGCAAUGCUGGAGGUUCUGCAUCUGUGGUGUCUAAUAUGCGUAAACGUGCAGUCCAAGUAUCACGUUUCAUGCUGCAGAUGAUGCAGGCUCCUCUAUAUGCAAAGGAGUCUGAGGAGCAGAGAAACACUAGGGAUCAACCAGAAGUUAUAGAUGGCACCAUGGAACCUCCACUAGAGAGUGGGGAGGAAGGGCUUGCAAUACGUAUAGCCACAGAGGUGGCAGCCUUCCCCACAAAAAAGACUCCUGCAGAGAAGUCAUAUGUGUCAGCACUAUGUAGGAUACUUGUCUUACUUCAAUUUCGGUCAUCAGAACAAGAAGCAAUCCAAUUAAUGAGGAGGCUUUUAAAUCCUGUAGCCGAAUCUGUAUCGGCAGAGAAAGAUCUUGUGAAGGAGUUAAAGCGAAUGGCUGACCGCCUCAAGGCAUUAGAUAAACAUCCUGACCAGGAAAUGUCACAAGAUCAAGCUAAUCUUAUAUUUGGAAGGUUAGCACUAAAAUUCAACUUGGAGUCACACAUAUCAGCAGAAAUGCCUCAAACCCCAGCUCCAUGCUCAAGCAGACCAACAAGUAGCAGAAGACAAAUCAGGCAAGAGGAGGAAUCUUCUGAUGAAGAUAGUUCCCCCACCUCUGUUGUUCCCAAUAGUGUUGGGGCUAUGAGCUCUCGUUCGCAGAGAGUAAGCAAGACUGCAGCACUGAGCAAGAUAACUACUGCCAUUAGAGCCCCCACAAUUGCGGAAGAUGAUGAAGAGGAAGAAAGCUCAGGGGUGACAUCUGAUGACGAUUCUGAUGGCUCUGAUUAG